ACACGUAGUUCUUCUGUGUAAAGAGAAAGCCCUAAUGAAACGAAGCGUUUUGAGGUUUAGAAGAUAGAGGUUGGGAUUCAGUGUUCCGGUGGCGUCGCGGUGUUGCUCCUCCGUGGACGGUGAACGCGACACCGUGAGCUCAAGUGAAGGAAGCGUUGUCAGACUCACCUCUCCAUAGUUGCGUUCCUUUCGCUCACUUCCGCAUUUCAAAGAAAUCCACACCUUUCUGCCAAUACCCAAUUUUCGCUCCUUAGCACGGUGAGAGUCGUAUUUGGUUAGAAGAUAGAACAUGAAGCGUAAGCGUGGACAUAAGAAAGGGAAGGCAAAAGGCACCACUGAGCAUGGAACCAGUGCUAGUGAGAACCUUAGUAAUGGUGGGGGUCAAAAUAAGGAAGAAACCUCUGGUUUGGAUGAGUAUGGUAAUGAUAAAGAUAACUCUGGAAUGGAAGUUGAUACACCUUCUUCCACCGGGACGGAUCAGCAUUACAAUCUUGCUAACAUAAAUCCUGAUGGUUCUGUUGAUAAGGCUAUCGGGAAGUCGGUAGGGCGUGUUAAGGUGAAGCUCAAGACACCUAAAUUGUUGGACUCCCAACCCACCUCAUCUGAUGCUCCCACACAAAGCGAUACUGAUAAGAGUAGUCAGCAACACGGGCUUGAGAAACAAGGCGUGAAUGCCGAGAGAAUGGAAGAUAGUGCGAAUUCAUUGCCUGAUAUGAAGCUGGGAACUCUGUCAAAGAGAACUGGUAGCAUAAAAAUUAAGUCUUCUAAGAUUUUGGGAUCAAAUGCUGAGCAGACAGGCAAACCAUUGUCAGCUUCCACUGAGAUCACCGACCCAAGAGAAAGAAAGGCCCCUCAACAGAAUUCCCGAUAUAAUAAGCAGGAAUUGGAUGCUUCCUUAGUGGUUAUAAGGAAGGUAAUGAAAAUGGAUGCAGCUGAGCCAUUCAAUGUUCCUGUCAAUCCUGAAGCUCUGGGAAUUCCUGACUAUUUUGAUAUCAUAGACACCCCAAUGGAUUUUGGAACUAUAUGCAACAAUCUUGAAAAGAAUGAAAAGUAUAUAAAUUCGGAGGAUGUAUUUAAGGAUGUUCAAUACAUUUGGGACAACUGUUACAAGUAUAACAAUAAGGGUGACUAUAUCUUGGAUCUUAUGAGACGAGUAAAGAAGAACUUUAUGAAGUAUUGGAGUGCGGCUGGGCUUUACAGUGAACCAUCCAAAGGGACCAAGGGUAUAGAGAGGACUUCAGCAGAAGACGUUACACUGACUGGUGAUGGAAAAGUAGGGAAGGGUGGUCAAGUGAAACAGAAGACAAAAAAGCGUCAUGGAAGACACCAUAAACAUGAUUGUUUAUGUGCUAUUUGUGUUCUAAAGCGACGUAGGAAGGAACGAGAGGAGAAUGCCCGAAUUGCUAGAGGCAAUUUUGGAACUGGUGGUGAAAAGCAUGCUAAAGAGUUUAAGCACGAGGAAUCAAUACAAGUAGAGAGUCCCGGUGGUGAGGAUUCAUCAUCAAAUAUAGAUGAAUCUAUGGGCACUGAUGGAGAUGUUGAUGAAGACAAAGGAGAGGUGAUGAAGAUAGAGAUUAGUGAGAAGCAUUGUAGCCCAUCUGAGAGAAAGCACGUGAACAUUGAUGUUGAUAAUGAUGAUGACGACGACGACCAAGUUCAAGAGGAAGGGGAUGAGGAAGAGGAGAAUGAAGAGGAAGAAGAUGAGGAAGAGAUUGAAAUGAACAGUCAGAAGAGAGAGAUGGAUGAAACUUUAAAACAUGGGGGAACCUUGGCAGAGAAAUCAAAUGUUGGUGAUGCAACCGUUCUUCAUGAUGAAUAUAGAACAAAGCAACAAGAAGGACAAGCUGCAGCAGUCAAUCAACAGAAGAAACACAAGGGGUCACAAGAUAAAGAGCAGAAAGGUAAGCUCCUUGAGAGCUUGUACAGUGAAAACCCCAAGCUUUCAAGUUUAUGUGGAAUUCUCUUCCCCCAAAAUAGUCAGUCUGUCUGGAGUGGACCACACUCACUAAUACAGAAAAGAAGUUCUGCUCGUACCAGUGCAAUUCACGCAGCUAUCAGGACUUUCAUGGAGUAGCCUCUUCUCUUGAUCUAGCAGUCUAUGUCAUUAAUAUUUUAGUUGAAAUGCCUUCGUCACAUGGUGUAUUAUAGUCACAAUUUAUAGCAAGAGCAGAUUUUGUAAUUUUGCUUCCUGUUUUAUUUUUCCCUUCGCUUUCGCUCGACGUUUUAAAUCCGCGCAAGCAUAUUACAAGGCAGUAAGCAGGCAUUGUAAUCCUAUCGUACUAAGUUAAAAGUCAUUUUUUCAUCUCA